AUGUGGAAUAAAACCGAAGUUAAACCAACAGGAACCAUAAGAGUUGCUAUAAGAAACCCAAAGUCAGGAAAAAAGUUCUCCCUUGAGUUCGUCGUAGUGCGGGAAAGUCUCACGCCACUGAUUGGUGCGAGGGCAGCGCAACAAAUGAAGCUGAUCACAAUUCAUAGGGAUAAUUUUGUAGCAGUGACAGCACCUAAACGAGAUAAACCAAAGGUGAAUCAGCUAUUGACGGUAGAGGAGAUAGUUAAUCAAUACCCAGAGGUGUUUCACAGUCAGCUUGGAAACCUACCUGGUACAGUGAAAUUAGAAGUAGAGAAAGACGCUAGACCAGUCGUUGUACCAACUCGGCGUGUGCCGAUAGCAUUGAAAGAGCAAUUUAAAGGUGAAUUGGACAGACUCGAAGAGUUGGGAGUCAUCGCUAAAGUGGAUAAGCCAACACCGUGGGUGAGCAGUGUGGUAGUCGCUACAAAGAAGUCAGGUCAAUUGAGGGUGUGCAUUGAUCCGAAGCCAUUAAAUGCCGCGCUUAAGCGUGAGCAAUACCAUUUGCCAGUGUUGGAUGAUCUCCUUCCGGAGUUGGCCAAAGCCAAGGUAUUCUCUACAGUGGAUCUCCGCGCCGGCUAUUGGCAUUGCGUUUUGGAGGAAGAUUCGAGUUUUCUUACGACAUUUGCAACACCCUACGGGAGAUACAGGUGGCGAAGACUACCAUUCGGACUGUCAGUUUCAUCGGAAAUUUUUCAGAAGAGAGUUCAUCAAGUUUUGGAUGGUCUAGACGGAAUUCUGGACAUCACCGACGAUAUUCUCAUUUAUGGAGUUGGGGCGACCGAAGAAGAUGCGAAUGUAGAUCAUGAUCGAAAGCUACGUCAUCUGCUAGAAAGAUGUAAGAAAAAUGGUGUUGCCCUCAACCCAGAUAAGAUGAAGCUGCGCCAAAAAGAGGUGACGUAUAUGGGACAUCUGUUUACCAGCGGAGGCCUUAAGGUAGACCCAGGGAAGCUUGAAGCAGUGAAAGAAUUACCUCGUCCAACCGAUAUUGAAUCGGUGCAGCGACUGAAUGGUUUCGUAAAUUACUUGGCUAAGUUUUUGCCAAGGUUGGCUGAUGUUAUGGAGCCAAUCUGCCGUCUGACCCGAAAAGGUGUAGAAUGGAGAUGGGAGGAGGAGCAAGAGAAGGCGUUCCAGGAAGUAAAGAAAUUGGUCACGGAGGCCCCGGUGUUAAAGUAUUACGAUCCGAAGGAUGAGGUGGUAAUCCAAUGUGACGCAAGCCAGAAGGGUUUAGGAGCGACACUGUUGCAACAAGGAAGACCAGUUGUGUAUAUUAGUCGUGCCCUGACGGAGACAGAGCAACGAUAUGCGCAAAUCGAAAAAGAAAUGUUGGCGAUUGUGUUUUCACUUGAGAGAUUAAACCAGUACGUCUUCGGAAGACAUGUAAAGAUUCAAAGUGAUCACAAGCCAUUGGAGGCUAUCCUCCGAAAACCCCUGGCAAGUGCUCCGCGGCGUCUGCAGGGGAUGAUGAUGAGGCUGCAGAAGUAUGAUUUCGAAGUAAGGUAUCAGCAAGGAACAAGCAUGUACAUAGCUGAUAUGCUAUCGCGUGCUUUCCUGCCUACAACGGAACAUCCGUCUGGUGUUGAAUUCGAGUGUGUCAACAUGGCUAGUUUUUUGCCAAUUUCAAGUGAGAAAAUGAGGGACAUUCAAGCAGCGACCGAUGAAGACGAAUCGCUACAGCUACUUAAGAAAACCAUAAUGGAAGGAUGGCCACAAGAGAAGAAGUACCUAGCAGCACAGAUCCUACCUUAUUUCAGUAUGCGGGAUGAGCUAACGGUGCAAGAUGGGCUGUUAUUCAAAGGGCAGAGAGUGAUCAUACCGAGUAGACUGCGUCGGGAUAUGAAGAAGAAAAUACAUGCGUCGCACCUGGGGACCGAGUCGUGUCUUCGUAGAGCGAGUGUGUACUGGCCAGGGAUGUCGGCGGAAAUUAAAGAGUUAGUGGCUUCUUGUGAAGUCUGUAGAACCUAUGAAACAGCACAGCAGAAGGAAACCUUGAUGCCCAAUGAAAUACAAUCACGUCCCUGGGAGCAAGUUGGCGUGGAUUUGUUCACGUUCGAUAAGAAGGAUUAUAUGAUAACUGUCGACUAUUUUAGUAACUUUUGCGAAAUUGAUAGGCUGACCAGUACCAAAACGAGUAUGAUAAUUCUCAAGUUGAAGAAUCAUUUUGCGAGGUACGGCUGUCCAGAGAGAGUCAUUAGCGAUAAUGGCCCACAGUUUUCGGCGGAAGAAUUUGUAACGUUUGCCGACACAUGGAAUUUCGAGCAUCUCACGAGCAGCCCUGGUAAUAGCAAGGCGAAUGGUAAAGCGGAGUCAGCGGUGAAGAUGGCAAAACGGCUCAUUCGUAAAGCUGUUGAGGGGGGAGCUGACCCAUACCUGGCGAUUUUGGAUUAUCGCAAUACACCUACUCAGGGUAUGGAGAGUAGUCCCGCACAACGUUUGCUAAACCGGAGAACUCGGACACUUCUUCCUACAACAUCAAAGCUCCUGCAACCUAAGGUGAUGUGCCAGGAAAAAGAGUUUAGGGACAUGAAGAAACGGCAGGAGCAGCAGAUCAAGUAUUACAACCGCAAUGCAAAGGAUCUUCCGGAGUUGAGUCAUGGUGACGUGGUAAGGAUGAAACCAUUUAGAAUGGGUAAAAAGAAAUGGGAUAAAGCUGUCGUAACUGCCAGAUUAGACGAAAGAUCAUAUACGGUCAAAACGCCGGAAGGAAAUAGUUAUCGCAGAAACCGAAGUCAUUUGAAGAAAUCAGCGGAGAUGCCGAUAAAAGAAGAGGUGAGUUCGGAGGAUGAGUGGAGUCAAGCAAAUGAGGAGUCCACAGAGGAAGAAGUAACGCAAUCCACCACCCCGUUGAAAGAAAAACCUACGGAAAGUUUAUCACCCGCAAAGUCCCCUCGACCGGUAGCAGCAGAGCAAGACAGCCAACGACAAGCAGCUUGUCCAGUACGAAUAACAAGACCACAGCGCACCCGAAGAGCUCCAGAGUACUUAAAAGACUAUGUCCGUUAG